AUGCAGCAAUAUGCCUAUGGAAUCCCGUCGCCUCCGGCAUCACCCCAGGUUUUCGAGCAGCAAAAGUGUGCCUUCCAGCCUCCGCCAACCGCAGCCGCUUCCCGCCAGCAACAACAACAACGACCGCGACGAUGCGUGCCCCUUGUCGCGGAGGAUAGGCUAGGCAUGCUGCUCGAGGGGAAACUCCGUCUGACCCAGGUCCUUGGCACCGGCGCCUACGGCGUCGUCUACACCGCUGUUGAUGUGAACACCGGUAUUCCCUAUGCUGUCAAGUGCUUGUCCAAAUUCAACCCCGAUGGAACCCCGCUGGAACGCAGGCAAGCGGCCUACCAGUCGCGCGAGAUCCGUCUGCACUACUUGGCCUCUGCACACAGUAAUGUCGUGUCGAUGCACAAGAUUGUGGACGAUGCCGACUGCAUAUACGUGAUCCUCGAGUACUGUCCUGAAGGUGACUUGUUCGCCAACAUCACGGAGCGUGGCCAGUACGUUGGCAACGACGAGUUGUCUCGACGGGUCUUUCUCCAGAUUUUGGACGCCGUGGAGCACUGCCACAAGCUUGGAAUCUACCAUCGGGAUCUCAAGCCAGAAAACAUCUUGGUCACGGACUGUGGUGAGACUGUCAAGCUGGCUGACUUUGGACUGGCGACUGCCGAGGAUCGAUCCGAGGACUAUGGCUGCGGAUCCACCUUUUACAUGAGUCCUGAGUGCCUCGACUCUAAUGCGCGCAAGCCUUUCUACCUGUGCGCUCCUAAUGAUGUGUGGUCCCUAGGUGUCAUCCUGGUCAAUCUCACGUGUGGUCGCAACCCGUGGAAGCAGGCUUCUUUCCAGGACUCCACCUAUCGUGCCUAUGCCCGCUCCCAGGAAUUCCUCAAGACCAUACUACCCAUUACGGACGAGCUGAAUGACAUCCUGGCCUGCAUCUUCAACCCUUCUCCCGCUCACAGGAUCACCCUCCCCGAGCUGCGCGAGAGGAUCAUGGCGUGUCGUUGCCUGACCGUGGGCCCCCAGAUGCCACCCAGCCCGCCCGCUACCCCCGAUCAGAUUUCCAACCCUUAUGGAGUUCCCGAGGAGGCGAUCAUGGACGAGUAUGAGGAAUGUGAGAGUCUGUCUCCCACACCCAGCGUGUCAGAUGACGGAUCCCUAUCCUCUGACAUUUCCACCAUUUCGGAUUCGGACGACGAAUUCAUGCAGGAGCAGCAGAUGCACACGCCUCCUGAGGCUCAUUUCUACGGACAGGAACCUCAGAUUGUUCCACAGGAUGUUUACUACGCCGCCCAGGAAUACAUCCCCCAGCACUACACUGAGCCUACACCUCAUCAACCCCUUCCUUCGCCUGGUCCUCAUCAGGCAACGCAAAAUGCGCAGCCAUUUUGCGCACCAGCACCAGCACCAGCACCAGCAAAGUCCUACUUUCCGUUGUGGGAUGCGCUGGGCCGAUACGUCCAGCAGGGCGCGCCGCAUUUCUAUGCGCCGCAUCAUCAGGUACCUGCUUACCCUCAGUUCCAGGGAUGCUUCUGA